CGGAGCGCGCGCGCCAUGGACGUGAAGCGGCUGAAGGUGACGGAGCUGCGGGCCGAGCUCGGGCGGCGGGGCCUGGAUUCGCGCGGCCUCAAGCUGGAGCUGGCCCAGCGGCUCCAGGAGGCCCUGGACGCCGAGAUGCUGGCCGCCGGGCCCGAGGAGGCCGGCGCCGAGCCGGGGGCGGCCGGCGGCGGCGGCCACAGCCUCGCCCGGGCCCGCCUGGGCGUCGCGGGGCCCGGCGACGACGGCGACGACGAGGAGGACGAGGACGAGGACGAGGAGGAGGAGGAGGAGGAGGACGAGGAGGCGCUGCUGGCCGACGAGGAGGAGCAGCCCCCGCAGACGCAGCCGCAGCCCGAGGAGGAGGCGGCGGCGGCGGCGGCGGCGCCCGGCGGCGAGCAGGCCCAGGCCGAGCCCGGGGAAGGCCCGGCGCAGCCCGGCGGCGUGAACGGCGCCCAGCCGGCCGCCGAGGCCGGCCCGGCGGCGGCGGCGGCGGGCGGCGAGGCCCAGCAGGGCGGCGACCAGGAAGCAAAUGAAGAAGAUGAGAAGGCAAAGCAGGCUGGGCCGGACGGCGAACGCCACGGGCUCAAGAGACAGAGGGAUGAAAAGGAAGAACAUGGCCGGGCUUAUUUUGAGUUUCGAGAGGAGGCCUAUAACAGCCGAUCUAAGUCUCCGCCACCCCCAGAAGAAGAGCCGAGGGCAGAGGAUGACGAGACACUCGUGAUCCUGGACACAUAUACAUCCGAUCUCCACUUCAAAGCCACCAAGGACCGCUAUGGAGGGCAGCCUCUGUUUUCUGAGAAGUUCCCCAAUCUCUGGUCUGGGGCGAGAAGCACACAUGGGGUGAAAGGGGGGAAAGUCUGCUUUGAGGCCAAGGUGGCACAAAACUUGCAACUCAAGGAAGGCUGCCCAGAGAACCAGCUGCUUCGUGUUGGAUGGUCUGUCGAUCUCUCUCGUUCCCAGCUAGGCGAGGAUGAGUUUUCUUACGGCUACGACGGACGAGGGCUGAAGGCCGAAAAUGGGCAGUUCGAAGAAUUUGGCCAGCCCUUUGGGGAGAACGAUGUGAUCGGCUGCUUUGCUAACUUUGAAAGUGAAGAGGUGGAGCUCUCCUUCUCGAAGAACGGGGAGGACCUGGGUGUGGCCUUCCAGAUCAGCAAAGAACUGCUGGGCGACAAGGCUCUCCUGCCUCAUGUGCUGUGCAAGAACUGCGCCGUGGAGCUGAACUUCGGCCAGAAGGAAGAGCCCUUCUUCCCGGUUCCCGAGGACUAUGUGUUCAUCCAUGCCGUCCCUGUCGAGGAGCGCGUGCGCACCCCGCCACCCCCCAAAGCGCCCGCAAAAUGUGAGGUUUUGCUGAUGGUUGGGCUACCAGGAUGUGGGAAAACGUUUUGGGCACAGAAGCACACCCAGGAGAAUCAGGACAAGCGUUUCAACAUCUUGGGGACCGAUAACAUUCUGUACCAGAUGAAGACGAAAGGUCCUCUGGUUGAGGAGGCACUGCCCAUCGAAGCUCGAGACUCACUGCUUCAGCAAGCUGCCCGGUGCGUGAGCAAGCUGGUCCAGAUUGCACCCCGGACAAGGAGGAAUUUUAUUCUCGAUCAGUGCAACGUCUACAAUUCCGGCCAGCGGAGGAAGCUGCUCCCUUUCAAGGGGUUUGUUCGCAAGGUGGUGGUGCUGGUGCCCAGCGAGGAAGCUUGGGUGGAUCGGCUGGAGCAGAGGGAGAAGGCCGAAGGGGAGAACGUGCCGGAGUCGGUGAUGCUGGAAAUGAAAGCCAACUUCUCUCUUCCGGACAAGUGCGACUACAUUGACGAAGUCCUCUACCAAGACCUGGCCAAAGAGGAGGCACAGCCCCUCGUCACCAAGUACAAGGACGAGGCCCGGAAGCUGCUCCCGCCCUCCGAGAAGCGGACGAACCGUCGCAACAACCGGAACAAACGCAACCGUCAGAAUCGCAACCGCGGCCAGGGCUAUGUCGGAGGGCAGCGCCGAGGCUACAACAACCGAGCGUACGGACAGCAGCAGUACUGGGGGCAGCCCGGGAACCGAGGCGGCUACCGUAACUUCUACGACAGGGACUACAAUCGCUUCUACGGGCGGGAUUACGAGUACAACAGGUACCGGGACUACUACAGGGAUUACAACCGCGAGUGGCAGAACUACUACCAAGACAGAGACCGAUACUACAGGAAUUACUACGGAUACCAGGGGUACCGGUGAAACCCCCCCGCCAUCCCCGCCCUUCGGCCAAGCAGCAAGGCUCGACGGAGGGGAACGUCCGCCACUUCUCCAGAAGCAAGCAAUGGAAACGGGGCUGUCGGGGGAAAGA